UCACUUAAGAUUUUGAUGGUGACAGAAUAACCGCAGUCUAGAUUGGUAGAGGACGUAGCAACCCUUUUUCAAGAUUCUUGGGGUGGUUGGAGAAUUGUGAAGACUGAAGACUCCUCCAUCUUUGCUAGCUCAGUUACUGUUUUCAUUUACUUACUCUAGUAGGUAUCAGUUCUGGCUUUUUAGAGUUUUUAUUUAUCUCUUCCAUCUCUUUGGUUUAAAGGGAUGUCAAGGGACCCUUCCUUCCUUCACUAAGUUCACUUUUGAGAGCUCCAACGCACGCUCAGGUGUUUGUAGGGUCUUAAACUGAAUCUGUUGACUCUUUGUUGAAACCUUUCUGGAAAUUAAAGAGUUGGGACGGUAAAAGAAAUGGUUCAGACGCUAGAAGAAAUCAGGGGUGGUGGAGGCUCAAUAAAAGUUGGAACUAUGGGGACAAUUGGUGCCCUUAUGUCAAGGGAGUUAGAAAAUGUGAAACCUGAACUUCAGGUAAAUGCACCAGCUGAUUGUGAUUUGCUUCCUAUUGGCACUUCUAAGCAAAAGACAUUCAAGUCUAGACCCCAGGUGAAUAAAGCAAGCAGCAGCGGUCACACUAACCACGUUAAUCCUGAAAACAUCCGGAAGACCAAGCACUACACUCGGAAGAGUCAAAUUCCGAUGCUCAACUCAGAUAACAUUUCAAUAGAUGGAACACCUAUUAGACAGAAAUCUGACAAAAGGUUAUCUUACAUGGCUGAAGUUGUGGACAUAAAAUGUGGGAGCCAAGAUAGAGCAUGGGCGAGCCCUAUAACCAAUCGCCUAAAGAAGCUCGGUUUCUCAAAGCUAUCUGAGAGCUUUAUCUAAGCCUGCAAACUCUUAAUAUCAGCCUUCAAAUUCCUGUAAGAAAAUCCAGACUUUGAAGUUGGCUGGCUGCUCUCUGCAACGUCUACCAUGUUGCACAUGCUGGGUAUAAGCUUUCUGCCUGCUCUCUCUUCUGUGUUGCCAAAUAUCCACGGUUGAUUUUGUUGAGCUACUUGAAGAUGGCUUUUCUGUCGGUUUACAAGGUUUGUGUAAGCUAUCUUGACAACCUAAUUCUAGCUGGCUGAAAAAUUCGAUUUCUUGUAGUAUGAGGGAUCCAACAGUGCCUCUUGUGCCUAUUUCAACUGGAGUAGUUUUUGCAGUCAUUUUCUUUGGUAUCUGCAGUGCAUUGGUGCUGGAUUUAGAUACCGCCUUCCUAUGCAAUGUAGAAGAUAAAUUUGAGGCCUCUGGUUGAAGAGAGUUGGUGGUCGGGGACUUGUUUUGGUUAGAGUAUGUGGCAUUUUGGUGAGGCUCAACAUCUUGUGAUCUUCACAUGAAUUCCCUACCUUAUAUUCUUUAUCUGAGGUGGAGAUUGCCUUUGUAGAGGGUAUGGGUGGAGAUGCAUAUUCAUUGUAUUCAUGUGCUGAUGGCUUAAUACAUUGAAGAAAGUUUUUAACUCCCCCUA